ACUAAAAUGUAAACGUAUUGGCCAUGCCACAGUCUUGCGCAGUUCCGUUUUGCUCGGAAAAGAAAGGCGGACAUAAGUUUCCGAAAGAUAAAAGUAUCUCAAAGCAAUGGUUAAUAGCGAUUCGCAGGGUCAACUACGUCCCUUCUAAACAUUCACGUGUUUGUAAAAAGCAUUUCAACUUUGACGAUUUAUUACCUAAAGAAUCAAAUACAGAAAAUCCUACUCCUAAACUGAAACCAAAUGCGGUGCCUAGUCUGUUUUCCUGGAAUCAUGAAAGUGAAGAGAGAAAGGAGAUGAAAAGAAAAAGUGCCGAAAGAGCUUAUCAACGUCAAAAGAACACUUUUUCCAUCAGAUUCAAAAGCAAUGCUCAUAAAAUAUAA